AUGGCCUGGCUGACCAGCGUGCUUCAGGGCGCCUCUUCCGUCACCAGCUCGGUCGUCGCGGGCGCGAUUGGCGGACUGGCCGCGGGCGGGCGCUGCGACUGCCACUGCGAGUGGUCCGCGGCCCCAGACCACGGCUUCCUCCAGGUCUGCCCUGCGCUGCCGCCACCGCCGGUGACCACCCUGGCGCUCGUCGGGGUGGGCCUCUUCCUCGCGGGCGUGCUCUUCGGCGCGUGUUUGGUGAUCGGCGAGGCGCGGCUGGAGUGGUUCUCGCAGCUCCAGCGGGGCUCUCGAGUCCUGGUGCGGUACGAGGGGUACCCACUAUGGCACGAACGGCUGUUGGUCGCCCGCUUGGCGCCAUCACGGUGGGUGGUGGCGACGCCUAGUGGCGACAUCUACGAUGAGGACCUCAUGGAGAGCGAUGGGGUGCACCGAGUUGGGCCGCUGGGGGGCUUCGGCGCCGGCAUGGCGAACGUGGAGGUGUUCAGAUUCGUCAACCUCGCGGCGCAGGAAAAGCGAGAGCUGCUCGAGGCCGGCGAGGACUACGUCCGGGACAACGAGGGCGACCUCGACAUCGACGCCGAGUCGCGCCAGGUCCUCGUGGCGCAGCAUGUGCUUCCUCCUCGCGGCGGUGCUGGCCCUGGUGCUGCUCCCGCCCCCGGCGAGGCGGGCGUGCCCGCUGCGGCCCUCCCAGGGGCCGCCGCCGGCGUGGCCGGGGUGGCCGCCGAGUCCCGCCGCGGCUUCACACUUGGCGACGCGGUCGCCGUCUCCACGGGCCAGCUGCUCGCCUCCGGCGACCGCGGCGUGUUCACGGUGCCCGGUGCUGGGCCCCUCUGCGUGGCCGCGGCGGGGUCGCUCUCCUCAGGCGCGGGCGAGGGGGGCCUGCGCACCCUCCCCGUGCGCUUCGACAGGAGCAACCGCCGCUUCAGGGAGUAUGGCGACGCUGUGGUCUGCUUCUCGGAGACGGCGCAGGCCGGCUGGUCGGUGGCCGGGCCCCGCACUUGCAGCACUUGCAAGUGGCUCCUCCAGGAGCACGCCUACAUCUCCAAGGUGCUGGAGAGGGCCUGCGUCUUCGACCAGCUCAAGGGUUCCGAGCUGGAGACGUCCGAGGUCCUGUCGGGGCGCUACCAGCUCUGGGGGGAGCUGCGCGCAACCGAGCUCCGGGCGGCCGAAGCGGGCGAGGGGGGCGACGGCCGGCUCCUGGGCGCGGCGCUGGUCUGCCCGGCGCUCGAGGAGCACGCGGCGGGCAAGCUCGCCCAGGUGGUUGGCUCGGGCAUGGCGUCUGGCCCUCAGCCCCCGGACGACCGCCCUCGCGAUCUGCUGCCCUUCGCGGGCGGGCGGGCCCUCGACGAGCUGCACCUCGGCACGACGGGCGGCGGGCUCUCCGCAGCGGGCAACCGGAAAGCCUGGCGGCGCCGGGUCGAGGAGGCGCGGCUCCGCUCAGGCCUGGACGCGCUGAGCGAGCUGGGAGGUGGCGGCAGGGCGUCCAGCGAUGCCCAGGCGACCGCCGCCCAGGCUUCGGCGGUGCGCCCCCUGGCCAAGCUCUACGGUGAGCGCGGCUUGCAGUGCAUGCUGGCAGGGUGCAGCGGCCUUCUCCGCGAUCCCGCGGAGGCGCAGGCGGCGCUGCGCGAGCUCGGGCCCGCCAUGGCCUUGGACCCCGUGCUGAGGCUGAUGGGGCUUCAUGCGCGGGCGCUUCCCGGCGGAGCUGAGCUCCUGGACAAGGGCAUCCUGGAGAAGGCCACCGUCGUCAAGGAGACCGCGGGGGCCUUCUUCGUCAAGCGCAAGGAUGGCUUGCUGAGGCUGAUCUUCGACACUGGGCGGAGCAACUGUCACUUUGCUCCUCCUCUGUGCACUUCGCUAGCCAGCGGUGAGUCGCUGGCGGACCUCGAGAGCGAGCCCGGAGCGCGUCUCUGGGCGGCCUCUGCCGAUGUCGAGAUCUGCUUCUACCAGUGCGAGCUGCCCGCCAGCCUGCGGCCGCUGUUCGUGCUCCCGCCGAUUUUGGCGCGCCACCUGCCUGCCAGGUGGCGCAAGUGGCUGGGGCUCGCGGAGGGCGACGACGAGUGCGCCUUCCAGGCGCGCGGCGCGCCGAUGGGCUGGGCGCGGGCGGUGCACUUUAUUCAGAGGGCGCACGAGCACCUGCUACUCUGCUACAUCGACAACCUGGCCGUGAUCUCCGACAACGAGUGCGAGGCUGUGAACGGGGUCGCUCACAUGCUGAUGGAGCUCGACGGCGCGGGCGUGAAGGCUCACCUGGACAAGCCCGACCCGAGUUCGGGAUCGCUGGAGCUGCUGGGGUUCGAGCACGUGGCGCACCAGCGGCUCUGGCGGCCCGCGCCCGAAACAUUCUGGCGAGUGGCGAAAGCCCUCGAGUACGUCUUGCGAGCAGGGGCUACCCCAUCUGGCCCGGAGCUGGAGCGCCUCGUCGGGCACCUGGUCUCCAUGAUGAUGCCGCGCCGCGACCUCUGGGACGCCGCGGGGCGCCCCUGGCCCAGCGCGCGCCGCGAUCUCCGCUGGGCGCAUGCCCUGCUGCCCACCAUCGUAGCCCGCUCCGACCUGAAGUGGCUGCUGGUGGUUACCGCCCACGAUGCCUCCGAGUGGGUGUGUGGCGCCGCCGAGAGCCUGCGGGGCAGCGCUGACGCGGGCCGCGCGAGGCGGCUGCGCGAGCGCGCUCGGUUCCGCGGCCCGCUCGCAACCGCCGGGGGCAGCCAGCGUGAGCACGCACGGCUGCAUGGCGAGGAGGAGCUUCUGAGGCUGCCCGAUGCUGCGGUCCUUCUCUCCGGGGGGCAUGCCCACUUCCAGGAGGUGCCUCGCGAGCUGCUGCGAGGCGAUGGGUGGGCAGCAGUGGCCCCCCGCGCCUUCCGUCGGCCGGAUUCAAUUCACAACCUGGAGGCGGCGGCCCUCACCUGGCGCGUCCGCCGCGCGGCGAGGGCUUUGGAUGGGGCGGCCAUGGAGGCUCGCCGCCUCGCCACCGCGCUGGCCGGCCGGGCCCCAGCAGAGGCCCCGCCGCGGGCGGCCCACAGGCAGCGGAGUCGCUCGCCAGAGGCGCGGCUUCAGAGGACCCUCAACUCCGAGGGGGCCGCCGGGCUGGACUGCGCUGACAGCGGCGGGCUGGGCGCCCGCUCACGCCUGCCGCCCCGGCCCGGGCGCCCGACGCGCGGCCUCGGGGCGCUGCGCCCCCCGCGCUCGCCGCCCGCGCCCUCGCCCGGGCUCGCCGCCGAGGUGGGCAUCAAGCGGCUGGCGCCGCGGCUGCCCAGGCUGGCGCAGAACAGCGCGCGGCCCCCCACGCAGGUACAGUACGCGCGGGCGCUGAUGGAGCUCGCCGGCUGGCUUGCAGUCACGCCGCUGCCCGAGUGGGCGGCCAGCACGCGGGGCGAGCACCUGAGCGACUUCCUGUCGGUGCUCUUCGACCGCGGCGGCGGCCCCCACGCCGGGAAGCUCAUCGCGUCCGCGCUGCCGUGGGCACUGCCGCCCCUCGGGCUGACCAUGCGGUCCACGUUCCCGCUGACCCACCAGACAGGGCUCGCGCUGCUCGGGGGGCAGGUCAUCAGGCCGAUCGGCGGGAUGCCCGGCGCCCUGGGCCAGGCCACCAUCGUCCUCCACCCAGAGGACCUCGGGGCGCCCUCCAAGACGGGCCUCGUGGAGGCCCUGGACCUUCCCGAGCACCAGUGGGUCGGACACGCUCUCCUAAAGCGAAAGGAGCGUCGAGCCCCGCUGCAGCGCCUGUGCCCAAUCUCGCGCGGCGAACUCUUGGCGGAGAUGAAGAGGGCUGCGGCGGCCGUGGGUUGCGAGGUACUGCGGCCAACGCCCCGCGGGCUUCGUCGCGGUGGAGCCAGUCGCGACAAGGCGCUCGGACGGAGGUCUCUGGGCGACACCCAGCUGCGGGGCAAGCGGGGGUCACCUCUCGGCGCCCAGCGCUACCAGAAGCAGGCCGGGAUCAGCGAGCAGCUCAAGAGGCUCGCCCUCGAGGGCAAGGUCUUCCUGGAGGUGUUCGUCGGGGCGGGGCGCCUCAGCCAGGCCCUCCGCAGGCGCGGCGCCGCAGUCAUGAGCAUCGACGCGCGGCGCGGGCCGCGUCGCGACCUCAGGGCGCAGGAGGUCUUCAACGUCGUCAAGGGCUCGCGAGCGCCAGCGGGCUCGCGGAUGCCGGCGGCCCUGCGGCCGCCGCAGCAGCCCCGCGGCCUCGCUGGGCUCCCGCCGCGGGGCGCCGCCAAGCUCGCCGAGGGCAACGCUCUGGCCGACCGCGCUGGGCAGCUGGCCCGCCUGGCGCUGGAGCGCGAGGUCCCCGGCGGCGAGGAGAACCCCGCCCAGCCCCACCUCUGGGCGCUGCCCUCGAGGGGGCGCUUCCUCCUCCAGCCCAACGCGUUCGACGUGGUGGUCGACUACUGCGCCGCCAAGUGCACGGGUCGUGGCACUUGCAGUUUUUCCGGCCAGCCCCACAUCCAGCUCGCGGGCAAAGCCCGGGGCGACCCCUCCUUCAGAACAGUUCAGAAAAAUGAAUACCCACCGCAGUUGCGGAAGCGUCGCGUCGCGCGUCUGGCCGCGGCAUAG